AUGACGAAUGAGAGAGCCACCCUCAGUAUCACAACAAGCGAACGAACAACAAACCAUGGCACAACAAUGGAGGAACUAACAAGUCAAAAUCUAACAAGCAAUGGACUUAACAUGACGAGCCAAAGGACCAUCAUCAGUGGAACAACAAGCGAACGAACAACAACCUAUGGCACAACUAUCGGGAAACUUACAAGCCAAACACAAACAAGCAACGGACCACGCGACUGUAGUGGUGUUACUGUUGGAAAUUCUAGUGGUGUUUACACAAUAUAUGUCGACAAUCAACCUCUCGAUGUAUACUGCGAAAUGACUGGUUCUGGUCAAUGGACGGUGUUUCAAAAAAGAAUAGAUGGUUCAACAGAUUUUUACAGGACUUGGCAGGAAUAUAAACAGGGAUUUGGGAGUUUGAAUUCGGAAUAUUGGUUGGGGAAUGACAAUUUACAUAAGAUCAUAUCUUCAGGGAACUACAAACUACGAAUUGAUCUAGAAGACUGGAGUGGUGAGGUGCGGUAUGCUGAAUACGAUACGUUUGUUAUAGGCAAUGAAACUACAAACUACGUACUCACUAUUGCAAAUUACAAUGGAAAUGCUGGAGACAGUCUUACUGCACAAGAUGAAACGUAUCAACCGAAUGGAUAUGGGUUUUCAACAUGGGAUAGGGACAAUGACGGAUCAUUACAUAUUACUUGUGCAACGGCAGAACAUGCUGGCUGGUGGUUCAAUUGGUGUACUAAGGGCAAUCUGAAUGGGAAGUAUUAUCAUGGUGGAGUGAGUGAGAGUGACGGGAUAUACUGGGAAUCUUGGAAACUCUCACAAUAUUCUCUCAGGAAUGUAUCGAUGAAAAUAAAACAAGUUUAA